GCCGCCGCUGCUGCUCGGGUUGCUGCUGGCCGCGGCCCCGGGCGCCGCGCUGGCCAAGGAGACGGCGUUCGUGGAGGUGGUGCUCUUCGAGUCCAGCCCCAGCGGCGACUACACCACCUACACCACGGGGCUGCAGGGGCGCUUCUCGCGGGCCGGGGCCACCCUCAGCGCCGAGGGCGAGAUCGUGCAGAUGCAUCCACUGGGACUGUGUAAUAGCAAUGAUGAAGAGGACUUGUAUGAAUAUGGCUGGGUAGGAGUUGUGAAACUGGAACAGCCGGAGUUGGAGCCUAAACCAUGCCUCACUGUUCUGGGCAAGGCAAAGCGGGCAGUGCAGCGAGGAGCCACAGCUGUCAUCUUUGAUGUGUCUGAAAACCCAGAUGCCAUUGACCAGCUGAACCAGGGCUCAGAAGACCCUUUGAAGAGGCCAGUGGUGUAUGUGAAGGGGGCUGAUGCUGUCAAACUGAUGAACAUAGUUAACAAGCAGAAAGUGGCACGAGCAAGGAUUCAGCACCGGCCCCCACGGCAACCCACAGAGUACUUUGACAUGGGGAUUUUCCUUGCCUUUUUUGUGGUGGUCUCUCUCGUUUGCCUCAUUCUUCUCGUCAAGAUCAAACUGAAGCAGCGACGUAGUCAGAAUUCCAUGAACAGGCUUGCAGUGCAGGCACUGGAAAAGAUGGAAACCAAGAAGUUCAAGUCCAAAAAUAAGGGUCAUCGUGAAGGAAGCUGUGGAGCUCUGGACACACUAAGCAGCAGUUCAACCUCUGACUGUGCCAUCUGCCUGGAGAAAUACAUUGAUGGGGAGGAGUUGCGGGUGAUUCCCUGCACUCACAGAUUCCACAAAAAAUGUGUGGAUCCCUGGCUGCUGCAGCAUCAUACUUGCCCCCACUGCCGCCAUAACAUUAUAGAACAAAAGAAGGGAAAUCCAGGCCCAGUAUGUUUGGAAUCCACCAACCCAGUGCGCAGCCGGCAGCAGAGGGUGAUUCUGCCAGUUCAUUAUCCUGGCCGAGUGCACAGGACCAGCCAGAUAACUGCAUAUCCCACCCGGACUAGCAUGGACUCCCAUGGAAAUCCCAUCACGGUACUUACAGUGGACCGGCAUGGUGAGCAGAGCCUGUACCCAGCACAGUCCCCUGCUUACAUCCAAAGUUACCAGCCUGUUCACUUGGAUCAUGCCUUGAACACACAUCGCUGUGGCCUGGAGCACAGAGCUUAUUCUCCAGCUCAUACCUUCCGAAGGGCCAAGUUCAAUGGACGUAACUUCUCCAAAGCAGCUUGUUUUUCCCAGUAUGAGACCAUGUACCAGCACUACUACUUCCAAGGCCUUAGCUACCCUGAGCAAGAUGGACAGUCUCCAGCUGGCAUUGCCGCAAAGGGUCCCUCCCGUGCCUUCCAGCCUGGUGGCAGCAUGCUGUUCCCUCCUGUGGUACAUGUAAUGCCCUCCUCCCGCUUGGAGAGUGGCAGCACCUCCAGUUUCAGCUGCUAUCAUGGUCACCGCUCAGUGUGCAGUGGUUACCUGGCUGACUGCCCAGGCAGUGACAGCAGCAGCAGUAGUUCUGGUCAAUGCCACUGCUCCUCCAGUGAUUCCAUGGUUGACUGUACAGAGGUCAGCAACCAGGGGGUCUAUGGGAGCUGUUCCACCUUCCGUAGUUCUCUGAGCAGUGACUAUGACCCUUACAUUUACCGCAGCAAGAGCCCCUGCCGAGUGGGGGAUGCUGGUGGCACAAAUCGAGGGACGAUCGUUCUCCUGGAGGGCCCCCAUCAGGACGAGCUUCUGGCACAUGGGCAUGCUCUGAUGGGUGCUGACUGUCGACCUGUGCCAGCUUCUUCCUCAGGGGACCAACUUUCUAACUGCAGCAUGGAGAUGAACUACAGCAGUAAUUCCUCACUAGAGCACAGGGAUUCAAAUGGCACUACCUCAGAGGGAGGCCUCGAGGCUACUCCCAGUGCUGCCUUGGAUGUUAAAAGGAACUGGAAAGGUCCAGAAGUAGCAGGACCUCUGAUGGAGCAAGCAUGUGCUUGCUGCUUUGAGCUCCAGCACUCUGCCCUGGAGCCCAGCAGUGGGACAACAGACUGUGGUGCACUCUUCUUGGGCUCCCCGCUUUGGGGAGGGUGUGGCCCGGGGCUGGAGCAGCAGCCAGGUAGUUCCCCAGGUUUGUACAGUAUUAACUCAGACCACUUGCAUAGGACAGAUGGGGUGAAAUAUGAGGGCUUGCCCUGCUGCUUCUAUGAAGAGAAGCAGGUUGCCUGUGGUGGCACUGGUAGCAGUGGAGGUGGUGGCUGCUACACAGAGGACUAUGCGGUGAGUGUACAGUACACACUUCCUGAUGAGACCUUGCCAAGCUGCUAUAGGGGGGUGCGUGACCUAAGUCAACGCAUUCCUAUCAUUCCUGAGGACAGAGACUGUGAGCUAGUCCUGCCAAUAGAGUGCCGAGGGACCCAUGAAGGCUGUAGUUCCUGGGAUGGGACACCUGAAAUGGACGCUCAUCUACAUCGCCAAGGUCUAGGAGAGCUACAGGAAGAGAGGGAGGUGUGCUACCAGGCAAUGUCCUUCCUGCAGCAGAACUGCUCUCAGGACGAAGAAACAAGGAUGCUCUUUCACAACCCCACCCUGAGCUCCCAGGAGGCAGUAGCAACCACAAAAACUGCAGGCUCUGGAUCUCACCCCCUGGAAAGAAGCCAAAUGGGUGACUAGACCUGGCCAGACUGCCACAGAUAGACAAGGAGAGCUUUUUAUGGAGGCUUCAAAUUAUGCUGGACUUUCUUUCAAACUUUUUUAGCUUUGACAAACACACAAAAGUGGUAAUGUA